UUUGUUUUUUCCCUACGGGUAAAAAAACUAAAAAGUAAUUGUAAACACGAAGAAAUUUGGGAUAACAAAACGAAUUGUAGACUGUAAAUAUACAUAAGCGUUUGAAUGUUGAGAGUAAUAUUCAACUUUAGUGUUAGGACAUUAUUCUAUUUGCAUUUUGUUUCAUAUAUGAUCCGGCCCACUAUUUCCGCUAUGUCCAUUCACUAUAAAUGCCGCUCCCUGGUAUAUCCUCGGUCUAACGUUGAAAGAUUUCCUGUACCUGAUAGUAAAGUUCCGUGGUCUGUAGAAUUUAAGGAUUAUAAGCCAUAUACGUAUACUUCACCAACGAUUGAUGGCAAACCUUGGGCAGAUAGUGAAAUAGGUAACCCUGUUUUCAAACCAAAAUGGAAUGAUGUUGAUGGAAAUGUCAACAGAAAAAGUUAUACAGGUUUAUAUCAAACUAAGGACAAUUACCCAUUAAAUCCAGUUGGGCGGACAGGCAUCACAGGAAGGGGGGUGCUUGGCCGUUGGGGACCCAACCAUGCAGCUGACCCAGUUGUCACUCGAUGGAAAAGAUUAAAUAACAAAGAGUCUAUUCUACAAUUCAUAGCCAUCAAAAGAAGAGAUACAGGAGAGUGGGCACUUCCUGGUGGAAUGGUGGACCCUGGAGAAAAAGUUGCAGCCACAGCCAUCAGAGAGUUCCAAGAGGAAGCCAUGAAUUCCUUUGAAGCAACUGAAGGUUUUUAUUUUAAAAAUUAUUGUUUUUCAGAUGAAAAAGACCAAUGGAAGGAGAAAUUCGAACAGUUCUUCAGUGGGGGCACAGAGAUUUACAGUGGAUAUGUAGAUGAUCCACGCAACACUGACAAUGCUUGGAUGGAAACUGUGGCCUACAAUUUCCAUGAUGAAACUGGUUCACAAGUGGGAGCAUUGAAACUUCAAGCUGGUGAUGACGCUGUUGGUGUACGCUGGGUGGACGUUACCAAUGAUUUAAACCUGUAUGCUAGCCACAAAGACAUUGUCAAUGCAGUACUAAAGAAACAUACUGAGAAGUAAUUUAAUUCUCAUUUAAGAACAGCUUUAAAUUAAAUGGCUCAUGUAAUUUUGUAAGUUUGUUUUUACUUAACACAUAUUAUCAUAUUCUAUUUUUAAAUAUAUUGCUUAAUAUCUACCAAAACAAACGUUUAUAAAUGUGCAUAAAUGUGCAAGUGUUAAUAGAUUGAUUUUGUGUUUUUCAUUUAAUUAUAACCCGUUUUGUUGUGAUACGAUUCACUGUCAAGUAACGAAAAAAUUAAAUAAAGUAAAAAAUGUAAGGUGUUUGAGUUUGUUUGUAACAUUUGGCGCCCUCUAGGCGGAAGAAAUAAACAUUGGCCGAAAUGGGAAUUUAAGGCGCUCGAAUAAAAGAAAAGAAAUAAAAUAGUGUUUCUUACAUAUUGUGAUC